ACUUUCAACUGUAGACUUCUGUUGGGCAAUUUAAAAUCAGAGAUAAUCUCAGGCCCCAGACAAAGCAAAAGGAUACUUUUCUUCUGUAUUUUUUUGAGAUCAAAGAAACUGCAAUGUCUAGGAAACAAAGCCAGAAGGAUUCAUCAGGAUUCAUUUUUGAUUUACAGUCCAAUACUGUACUGGCCCAGGGAGGUACUUUUGAGAACAUGAAAGAAAAGAUAAAUGCAGUGCGUGCAAUAGUUCCCAAUAAGAGCAACAAUGAGAUCAUCCUGGUUUUGCAGCAUUUUGAUAAUUGUGUGGACAAAACAGUUCAAGCAUUCAUGGAAGGGAGUGCCAGUGAAGUACUCAAAGAAUGGACAGUAACAGGCAAGAAAAAGAACUAAAAGAAGAAAAGCAAACCAAAAUCUACAGCCAAAGCAAGUAACAGUAUCCUAGAUUUCAGUAAAUCGGUUUCCAUUCAAGAGGAGCAAUCUGUGCCUUCCUCAGGAAAAGGUGGCAUUAAUGGUUACCAUGUCAAUGGUGCCAUCAAUGAUACAGAGUCUGUGGACUCACUCAGUGAAGGUUUGGAGACACUUUCAGUAGAUGCCAGAGAACUAGAAGAUCCUGAGUCUGGCUUGCCAGAUACACUGGAUAGAACAGGAUCCGUACUGGAGAAUGGUGUCUCUGACUUUGAGUCCAGGUCUUCAACUGAACACCCUAUUCAGAAUGCCCAACAUUCCAGGAAUGCUGCCAAAUCUCUCUCAAGAUCCACCACAGGACCUCAGUUUUCCAGUCUGGGAAUGGAGGACAUUCCACUCUCCUCCACCAAUAAAAAACUUGAUUCCAAUAUUGAAAAAUCUGUAAAAGACCUCCAGCGCUGCACAGUCUCUCUUGCACGGUAUCGAGUUGUAGUUAAAGAAGAGAUGGAUGCUUCCAUUAAGAAAAUGAAACAAGCUUUUGCUGAACUGCAAAGUUGUUUAAUGGAUCGAGAAGUGGCAUUGCUUGCUGAAAUGGAUAAAGUGAAAGCUGAAGCAAUGGAAAUUUUGCUUAGCCGACAAAAGAAAGCUGAACUUCUAGAGAAGAUGACUGAUGAGGCUGUGCGAAUGUCAGAGGAGCAAUUGGUCGAGCUCAGAGCUGAUAUCAAACACUUUGUUAGUGAACGUAAAUAUGAUGAGGAUCUGGGACGAGUAGCCCGAUUCACCUGUGAUGUAGAGACUCUAAAGAAGAGCAUUGAUUCCUUUGGACAAGUGUCGCAUCCAAAGAACAGCUAUUCAAACAGAUCACGAUGUAGCUCAGUUAUAUCUGUGUCCUUGAGUGACCCAAGUGAUGCCUCUGCUGCUUCCUCUUCGACCUGUGCCUCUGCUGCCAGCCUUACAGGUGCUAACAAGAGAAAUUCAGCACCAGGAGAGACUCCUACAGCCAACAGCAGCCAACCCUACCAGCCUCAUCAGGAAGUAUUGUCGGGGAACAGACGAGGAGGACAAGGCUUCAGGCCUCAAGGCCAAAAGUCCAGUGACCCUAUGAGCCAAGGGCAACAUGACAGUAUGGGUCGUUACAGAAGUAGCUCCUGGUAUUCAUCUGGUUCUAGGUAUCAGAGUGCUCCACCCCAGGCACCUGGAAACACUAGUGAGUGGGGCCAGGCUCACUCUGCAGGGACCAAUGGAACUGGAGCCAGCAUGGAGGCUUGUCCACCCAAGCCCUCAUUCAAAAAGGGGCUCCCCCAGCGCAAACCCAGGACCUCUCAGCCUGAAGCUAUGAACUCUUGAGAGAAAUUCCAAUUGGCCUUUCUUCUGUAUCCCACUUAAUUCAACCUGAUAACUGGACUUUAGAAAACUUAUAGUUAGAUUUAAUAACAAAAAGAAGUUUAUGCAUAUCACUUUUUGUGCCAUUCUAAAUA